GACCGCUUCUCACUUGAGUACAUUCGCUUCGCGAGUAUAACACACGAAGCAAUAGUUGCACUCGAUUCAGAAGCGCGACAAGACGUGAAUUUUUUUUUUUUACAAGUCGACAAAAAAAUCGCACAAAAGAAAUUCGAAGCCUACAUUUUUGUGUUUACAUCAAAAUAAAAUAAACCCUCGGUUAAAAAAAACAGUACCGAUGAAUCGUGAGAGACGUGCUAAACUUCUCGCGGGGUUUUACGAAAUUGGCCGGACAAUUUGGACAAAUUUGUGAUUUAAAAAAAAAAAAAAGAGAAUUUUUAUUUCCAAUUUCUUUCUAUGAGAAUUGGGAAAAAUUUAUUUUUCAAUUGGUUCAAGAUUUGAUAUUUGUAAAUAAUACAGCACAAAGUCAUUUAUUUUAGGGAAAUAAUAAAUAAUAGAAAAAUAAUAAAAAAUAGUCAUAAUUAUAAGUCGACGUAUUGUGAUUUUAAUAUAAUUGACUGUGAUAUAAUUUCUUGAGACUAAGUUGUCAACCUUACCGAACUCCACAAUGGCUGAAAAAUCUGCAGAGAUUCAAGAUCCAGAAAAAGCGACACUGGUCGAUUCAGGACGUCUUCCAUCGAUACAGAAUUCAACACUCCUGGAGAGUGAAAAAAAUUCCUUAGGAACAAAAAAUGGAAAUUAUGUUUAUCACCAUCAUCAUGAAGAUAAAAGAGCGAGGGGCAGUGCAUUUAGACAAAUUUUAGCCGCACUUGUCGCACAAUUAGGAACAAUUAAUACUGGAAUGGUGUUUGGCUUUGCAGCGAUCGCCAAUGUUCAACUUCAAGAUUCAAACGACACUUUGGUGACCACCAGCGAUCAAAGAACGUGGAUCGCCAGCACUUCGGCGAUUGGAACCCCCAUCGGCUGCCUCCUGUCCGGCUACCUAAUGGACAUAUUCGGCCGAAAGGCCUCACUCAUCGUCACCGAAGUGCCGGCCCUAAUCGGCUGGAUCCUCAUCUCCUGCGCCACCAACGUGAACAUGAUCUACGCCGGAAGAUUCUUCACCGGCCUCGGCUCAGGAAUGGUCGGUGCCCCAGCGCGCGUCUACGCCAGCGAAGUCACCCAACCUCAUCUACGAGGAAUGCUGACGGCCUUCGCCAGUGUCGGCGUCAGUACCGGUGUUCUCAUCGAAUACUCCCUGGGAAGUCUCCUCUCCUGGAAUGUUUGCGCCGCAAUAAGUGCCGUUCUCCCCCUCGCCGCACUCCUCCUAAUGUUCCUCUUUCCCGAAACACCAUCGUUCCUCAUCUCACAAAACAAACCCGAACAAGCGAGAAUAUCCCUGCAAAAAUUCCGCGACAGCAAUUACAAUUUAGACAAGGAAAUGAAUCUUCUACUCAACUUCUCCAAUAAGAAUAACAUCAAAAGACUCACGGGCUUCAGGGAAAUAACCAGCGCCCUACUGAAACCAAACGCCGUCAAACCAUUCUUGAUUCUAAUGCUCUACUUUCUCAUCUACCAAUGGACUGGAACGAAUGCCGUGACAUUUUACGCGGCGAAAAUAUUCCAAGACUCCGGUGCAACGAUAAAUAAAUACCUAGCAACCGUGAUUAUUGGAAUCGUUCGACUAGUGUUCACAAUUGUCGCCUGUGUCCUCUGCAGACGAUGUGGUAGACGACCAUUGACAAUGAUCUCCGCAUUCGGUUGUGGUAUCUCAAUGAUAGCCUUUGGAAUUUACGAGUGGAUCAAAGUCUACUGGAGUGACAAUAACAUGGAGCAUAGUUGGACCUGGUUUCCACUGUUCUGCCUCAUUUUCUACACCGCAGCUUGCACCCUCGGCUUUCUGGUGAUUCCGUGGAUAAUGAUUGGAGAACUGUAUCCAGUUCAGGUGCGAGGUCUUCUUGGUGGUUUCACAACAAUGUCAGCGCAUGCCUUUGUAUUCUCUGUGGUUCAAACAUUUCCCCUCUUAACUGAAACCAUCACUAUUCAUGGUACUUAUCUUUUAUAUGGUUUUAUAUCAAUAUUCGGUAUGGUGUACUUUUAUUUGUGUCUACCGGAAACAAAGGGCAAGACCCUGCAGGAAAUUGAGGAUUAUUUCUCGGGCAGAAGCGAUACACUGAAAACGGGACUUAACAGUAAAAUGUGGAUGAGCAGAAAAUUAAAUGUCGAGAAGGGACAAGUGUUGCCUUGAUCACACACUUUUAUGCCUUGAGAAUGGAAACCCUAUUCCCCCUCCAUCUAUCGUGAUAAAUUUCAUUGUCAAUCGAACUUAAUAAUUAUUUUUAAGGAAAAAACAGAAUAUUACCGAAAAAAUUUAAUUUUAGGGAAAAAGUAUAAUCUGUGCCUUGGAGUGUUAAGAGUUCUCUCACUACUUUUCAAAAUUUAAAAUUCAAAAUAGUGGAUUAAUUUUUUAAUUAAGCGAACCUGCCUCGACGCUAGCGUCAAAAACUAUUUUUUUUUUUGGAAAAAUUAUUAUUUUUUUUUUCAUUAAUUUUUAGUGAUAAAAAUGAUAAAAUAAAUUUUACUAUUUUUAUUAACCUGGAAUUCUAAAACUUUUCGAUUU